AUGUCUUAUUAAUUUGGAGGAAGCUAACUUUAGACUUAGAGCGUACCAAAUGCAAAAUAUAAAACUAUGUUGUGCAGACAUUAUUUAGCUACUAAAUAAUGUGCUAUUGGAGCUAAAUGUCAAUUUGCUCAUGGUACGUCAGAGCAAAGAUAAAUGAAUGAUCCUUUACCUGCAUCUGCUUUAUCAGCCAUGACAAGUGGAAUUGAACAACCUAUCAGCAAACCUUAAUCAUCUAAUUUAAAUUCAGUUCCUUGUAAAUAUCAUGCUUAAAAUUAUUGCAAAAAUGGAUCCAAUUGUCAAUAUAUGCAUGAUCCUGAUACUGCUUUACAAGCAAAUACAAUCAAUUUAUAAUAAAUUUCAGUGAUCGCAUCCCCGCCUCCCUAACCCAAGCAGGAGGACCCAAUAUAAAUAGUUUUUUAGCAUAUUUUAAUUGAAAUGCAAUAGAUAUUUCUACAAGAUGUGAGUUAUAUAUAUAAAGUAUAGGAAAUAAUAUAAAAAUUAAAGAUAGCCUUUGAUUAAACUAAAAUAGGAAAUCUUAUUAAUGCUUCUGAGUGUAUAAAAAGUAUUAUUCAUGCUCCAGAACGCACACAUGAGGAAAUACUUAAAUAUACAAAUCUCUAUAAUUAGGCAAUAAUGUAUUUUAAUCAAAUCUCAUAAGUGAAUUGAAUAAGAUAAUAAAGAAAUAAUAUAAUUGUAAGUAAAUUACAA